AUGGUGACGCAAUUAAAACGGCGCCUGAAUUUUUGUAUGGCGAGAAAAGAGAAACACGCAGCAAAAUACCACUUUUCCCGCCACUGCUCCGCCGAUGAUUCACUCAUCGACUCCGCCGGUCUCCCCCAAAACCAACACCACAACCGCCGUCCAGAUCUGGAAUUAAUCUCCCUUCCUUCAUCCAGUUGUUCUUCAAUCAUCGAGAAGGAGAAUUUCGAGAUUCAUUACUUUGUUCGAUUGGAGCCUUUGUCUAUCAUCAGCUGUUGUAUCAGGUGCCCUUUCAGAAAUUAUGAAAAGAGAGGUCGAGAAGUCCAAUCCUACAGAAUUUGGAGUUUUUGGUAUGUGAUGAUAAUGGCCUCUAGAGCAAUUUUAAGGCAGAGACACCUUCUUCUUCCCAAUUACCUCUAUCAUGUCUCUGUUACUUCAUUCUCCACCAAGUACUCAGGGGUGGGUUAUGAUCCUCUUAAAGCCUUAUUGUUGGACAACAAAAAGAAGCAAGAUGUUGCAUGGAAUGAAAAAGUAGGACAUAUGAGGAUAUGGCAAUCUAUACAUUAUACCACCACCACUACUACUACUACUACCACAAGUGCAACAGAUGAUAAUAAUAAGAAAAAGAGAAAAAAAGAAGCAUCCCCUGAAGAAUGCGAUCAAGCUGUUGAGGGCUUAAGCAGUGCCAAGGCUAAAGCAAAAACCAAAAAAGUGAAAGAAGCAAAAUCCAUUUUCCACAGAACUUGUGGUGUGUUAUCGGGUAUUCGUCCAGCUUUAAGAGCUGUGGCUUCCAUGAGCAGGGAAGAUUGGGGUAAGAAAAUGAGUCACUGGAAAAAUGAAUUUGUAUCAAGCAUGAAGCAUUAUUGGUUGGGGAUUAAGCUUCUUGGUGCUGAUGUGAGGAUCAGUUCCAGAAUGCUUCUAAAGCUUGCCAAUGGAAAGAGUCUCUCAAGGAGAGAGAGACAACAACUCACACGAACCACUGCAGAUAUCUUUAGACUUGUUCCUGUUGCUGUUUUUAUCAUCGUACCUUUCAUGGAGUUUUUGCUUCCAGUAUUCUUGAAAGUAUUCCCCAAUAUGUUACCUUCUACUUUUCAGGACAAGAUGAAAGAACAGGAAGCAUUGAAAAGAAAGCUAAAUGCAAGAAUAGAAUACGCAAAGUUUCUUCAAGAUACAGUUAAAGAGAUGGCAAAAGAGAUCCAAAACAGCAGGAGUGGAGAAGUUAAGAAAACAGCAGAGGAUCUUGAUGAAUUUCUUAGCAAGGCCAGAACAGGUGCUGUUGUUUCCAAUGAGGAAAUAUUGGGAUUUGCAAAGCUAUUCAAUGAUGAACUUACACUUGAUAAUAUCAGCAGGCCUCGUUUAGUGAAUAUGUGCAAGUAUAUGGGAAUCCAACCUUAUGGGACAGAUGCUUACUUGCGAUACAUGCUUCGCAAAAGAUUGAGAUGGAUAAAGAGUGAUGAUAAGAUGAUUGAAGCAGAGGGUGGUGUUGAUGCUCUGACUGAUGAUGAGGUUCGUGAAGAUUGUAGAGAGAGAGGCAUGGUUGGAUUACUCACUGUGGAGGAAAUGCGUUACCAGCUGCGUGAUUGGUUGGAUUUAUCUCUUAAUCACUCUGUUCCAUCUUCACUCCUCAUCCUUUCCAGAUCUUUCACUGUAUCUGGAAAGUUAAAGCCUGAGGAAGUUGUCAGAGCUGCAUUGUCUUCAUUACCAGAUGAAGUUGUGGACACUGUUGGUGUCACCUCAUUGCCAUCUGAGGAUUCUGUUUCAGAAAGAAAGAGAAAACUCGAGUUUCUUGAAAUGCAAGAGGAACUCAUCAAGGAAGAAGAAGAGAAAGAGGAAGAGGUGCAAGCGAAGAAGAAGGAAUCAGUUGGAAUUGAGAAAGACGUGACAUCAUUAAAAGAGGAGAUGAUUAGCAUAACAGCCUCAGAAGCACAGGAAGAGGCAAGAUCAAGAGCAUUAGAAAAACAAGAGCAGCUGUGUAAAGUCAGUGAAGCUUUGGCUGUAUUAGCUUCUGCAUCUUCUGUGAGCAGGGAGAGAGAAGAGUUUCUGAUGCUUGUCAACAAAGAGAUAAAUUUUUAUCAUAGUAUGAUGGAGAAAGAGGGAAUUGAUAGCAGAAAAGAGGCGAUGGAGGCAUAUAGAGCUGCACGCAUGGAAAGUGAAGAUUCAACUACUGAUGAACAACCUGUAGCUGAUGAGGUGUCUUCAGCCCUCAUAAACAGGGUUGAUGCGAUGCUCCAAAAUCUUGAGAAAGAAAUUGAUGACGUGGAUGCAAAGAUCGGUGAUCGUUGGCGAGUGCUUGACAGAGAUUAUGAUGGAAAAGUGACUCCAGAGGAAGUGGCAUCUGCAGCCAUAUACUUGAAAGAUACUUUAGGGAAGGAAGGGGUUCAGGAGCUUAUCACCAACCUUUCCAAAGAUAAAGAGGGGAAGAUUCUUGUUGAAGACAUAGUGAAAUUGGGCAGUCGGGCAGAAGAUGCUGACUGACUGAUUGAUUGAUCUCAAUUCUCUCAACAACCACGUAUAUAGAUGAGAUGAGAUGAAUAAUGCCAGAUUGUGAGGCUAGCUCGCUGAGCUGAGUGGCAUAGGCUUUGAGGUGUGAAAGUCUAUCUAUAACUUUCUCUAGGCACUGAAAAUUUUGUUGCUUCUGUUGAAUCAUAUGUCAAUAACAGAGUUAUGAAGCUUGGGCAUCUUUUUUGCUCAUCGUGUUCACCCUGCCUAUGAAUCGGGUAUACCUUUUUAUUGUUUUUUUUACAUCAAUAACAAUUAUUUAUUUAUUUAUUUAGUUUUAAAUUUUUGCACACCCAAGAGAAUGUGUUGUGUUACUGGUAG